GAAUUCAAACAUUGGUGUUUAUCUGUGUUUCUACUGCGCUAAACGGGGAUUCGACACCGGGACGCGGCGCCGGACGCGAUGUGCCACGAGCCGAACAACAGGACAGUAUGGCCACCACUGUUGCUGUCAGUCCCAGUGAAUACCUCCAGCCCUCCACCGCUUCCACACAAGACACCCAGCCCUCUCCUCUGGCCCUCCUGGCUGCGACCUGUAGUAAGAUCGGCCCCCCCGCUGCUCAGGCUCCCGUCACAUCUCCUCCAUCUCAGCCGCAGCCUCGCAGGCUCCUCCCCAUAAAGCCGGCUCCGAUCGCCCCGGCGCCGCCCAAGAACCUGGGCUUCCUCUCAACCAAGGGCAAUGUCAUCCAGCUCCCUGCCGGCCUGGGCUCCACGGCCCCCGGGAGCCCCAUCGUCCUCACCAUCCAGCAGAGCCCGGCUCGCAGCAACACCUCGGCCCCCGGCAACAUCCAGUACCAGGUGGUGCCGCAGAUGCAGGGCCCCCAGACUAUUCAGAUGAUGCCGCAGGGGGGGCAGUUCCAGCUCAUACCCGGCACCAACCAGGCCAUCCUCACCACUCCAAUGACUGUACCGGCCCCCGCGGCCGCCACCGCUCCGGUCACGCCACAGAAGACUGUCGCCAUCAAGCCGUGUCCGAAGUCGCGGAGGCCGAACCACUCGGCUGCUCACAUGGUGCAGCUGCCGGGGGGGCUCACGCUGCCGCUCAACGUGGCGACCGGAGAGGUGGGUGGGACUCAGAUCAUCACAGAGACGGCCACCCUCACUCCUGGAAAGGGACGACGAGGGAGGAGGAAGAAAGUGGUUCUGGCUUCACAAACUCCACUGUCUCAUCCUGCACAGGCCGCCUCCCCCCCCCCGGAGCAGAUGGAGACGAUCCUGAUCGAAGCCGGGGACAACAUCAUUCAGGCUGGAAACAACCUCCUGAUCGUGCAGAGUCCCGGGCAGCCUCCGAUGGUGCAGCAGGUCCAGCUGGUGCAGCCCAAACAGGAUUCUCAAAUGGUUCAGAUCCCGCAGCAGGCACUGAAGGUGGUGCAGGCCGCCUCCGCCACUCUGCCACCCGUCCCACAGAGACAGCCGGCCCCCACCAACCUGCAGGUCUCUCCCACAGAUCCAUCACCAACACAGAUCUUCUUCAAAACGGCGUCUGGUGAUUGGCAGUCGGUUCUGCUCCAGGACUCCGUCUCCACAACAACAACCACCUCCACCACGUCGGUCGCCACCGCGACGACUUCGCCGCCGGCCGGCACCAAGAGGACGCUGGCGGGGGGGCGGAAGGAGAGGACUCUGGCAAAAAUUGCCCCAGCGGGGGGGAUGAUGGCGCUGAACCCGUCGCAGCUCCCCUCGGCUGCGCAGGCGGUGCAGACGAUCAGCAUCAACGGGGUCCAGGUGCAGGGAGUUCCUGUCACCAUCACCAACGCGGGGGGCCAGCAGCACCUCACCAUGCAGGCCAUGCAGGGCGGGGGGCUCCAGCUGGCGGCGCAGGGCCAGGCCGCCAUCCAGGUGGACCAGACGCUGACCCUGGAGCUGCCCGGUCAGCCAGGAGAGAAGAAGAGACGCAUGGCCUGCACCUGCCCCAACUGCAAAGACGCAGACAAGAGGCCCGGGGAGGUCGGGAAGAGGAAGCACAUCUGUCACGUCCCCGGCUGUGAGAAGACGUUCAGGAAGACGUCUCUGCUCAGAGCUCACGUCCGGCUGCACACCGGCGAGAGGCCCUUCGCCUGCAACUGGGUUUUCUGUGGGAAACGCUUCACGCGCAGCGACGAGCUGCAGCGGCACGCCAGGACGCACACAGGAGACAAGCGCUUCGAGUGCAGCCAGUGUCAGAAACGCUUCAUGAGGAGCGACCACCUGACGAAGCAUUACAAGACGCACAUAAACACCAAGAACCUGUGAGCGCACCGUGCACCCCGCGUGCACACACACAAACUCAAGACUGUGUUAGUGGAGCUGCAGAGGGGGCGAGGGGAGACUGAGACUUAUCCCAUACUGGGAAAUACUCCAAAAACCAGUUCCCCGUGUCUCCGCUCAUUCCUCUAGGACGCUGUGUGGUGUGCAGAGACUUCUAACUGACCCAGCACAUUUAACAACAGUAGAUCAUUUUUGUUUGUGUUAUUUUCCCGUCUGGUCCGAGCGGAGGCCUGAACGUGUGAAGUGACUCGAAGAGGAGUCUCCAGACGCAGAGGCACCACUCUGCCGGCUUAUUUAUGAACUUCUUUGGUAGAAGAGUAAUUCAGACUCCCUCACCUGAGGCCACAGGACUCACUGCUUCACUUUGGGUUUUUUCUCACCCACAAAUCAUUCUCCACUUGUUGUUUUUUUCGUGGAACAUCGGGAACUCUGACAAAUUGUCUGUGAAGAAGCAAAAAAAAAAGAAUUUGACGCAGUGUUUUAUAAAUUUACCAAAAACUUAUUUUAUCUGGAAAUGAUCUAUUUGUGUUUUAGCAGAAGUUUUUUUUUUUUGCUGAUUUACCCCCAAAAAAAGUUGGGGACCACAAAACUUCUUCAGUUUACAUUGGCUAUUUUUAAAGUGUGUAUAUGCGUAUUAUUAUACAUAAUAUUAAUAAUGAUUAUAAACUAUUUAUAUCUUUUUUUCAUACAGUCGUUACAAAUUGAUUUGGAAUAGGAUUGACAUAAAAUCGAAAGAGACUAAAUGAGAAAGUUGAGAACAAGAUGUUAAAACAAUAAGAAAGAAAGAGGUUGGGAACUCAGUGGAGAAGAAACGAGUUCAGAAAGAUUUCUGACUCUGGAUCAGUUUCACCGUUCGGGGCCAGAAGUCACUGUGCCUUAAAAGUUGUCAUUAACAUUUUAAAAUCAUUUUUCAAACAAACCACAAAGAGAUUCUGGACUUUGGAUAAGUUUGGUGAUGACUUGGUGAAGAGCAAAGUUCUGAAUGUGACAAGAAGAUGGAACAAAUGUGAAGUUUGUAAAUGUUCCAGACGGGGACCGGACCCAGAUGGUUAAAGAAUACGUAGAAAUGUAGAUUGUCCUGAAAACACCGUCUGGUUGCUCAAGGGUCCGUGGCAGCGUCGUGGAGAAAGUUUCAACUUUGAAUUUACAGAAAGUAUUUUUAGGCUUUUGUACAGGCUUGAGUUUUAAUUGGAUAAUAACAGGACCUGGUCCUGGCAGUGAACCAGGCUGGGAUGGUAUUAAACGUGAGGGGGGGUUUACAGGACAGACUAGUAACCGGUGAGAUAGUUCCAGGUUGAAUUCUGUUUGAUAGAUUUGACACACGUGGCAGCUGUACUAACAACCUGUCACGUAUGAAACAUGUGUACUACCUACAGUUCUCUACGUUCAGAGAAACACUGCAACCAUAUUCAACUCAGUGCAGCGUCUUCAUUUCCUGUGUGAUCGGGGGGGGGG